AUGAAGGCAGAACAAAAGGUCAAGAAUGAGCUCGCCCAGAUAGAGGAAGAGGAGCUGCUGUCCUGGGAGGCCUUGAUGAAGGACAGAUACUUGCUGUCUGCACGGCAGGAGCAGAGCCAGAGCAUGGAGAGACGCAUCCUGGACACAGCCCAGAAGGUUUCCAGCAUUGCUGAUCUGCUGGAGAGAGAAGGGGAAACGAGCUCUGCUGCCAUGGUGAAAAGACUGGCCCAACUAGAAGAGCAGGUCAGCCAGUCAACUAAAGCCCUGCAGUGGAUUAUGGACAGUUUGAAAUCUCAGGGUUUGACUGCAAAAGACACACAGUCAUUGACAUCAGAUACAGCAGAUGAGACCCCAGAUUCUUUGGAUAAUACGCCAGAGAAAGGAAGCAGUUACCAUGUGAACUCCCGUCAGUUUUACUACCCAGACAGCAAACUCACGCGCUUCCCCGUGCCUGAGGAGAAGGUGCCCUGGAAGGUCAGCUUCAGCUCAUAUAUGCCAACUUAUUAUACCUCUAAAGAGAAUGAAGACCACGUGGAUGGAUCAGAACCAGAAGCCUUAGAUAAUUACAGAAACCCAGGAGGGAGGACAGGCAUCAGGGGGCAAGGGGCACUGAGCCGCUUGGGUCCAAACCUCAUUGUAGAACUUGUGAUUACACGGUGGCGAGACAGUGAGAGGUCAGUUCUGGAGUACCUGGCAACUCGGGGCGAGAGUCAAGGAACUUUGGUUUUACCUGGAGGGCCUGUUGACUCUGCUGAUCACCUGCCACCAAGGCUUAAAAGAAAGAUGGGGAAGGAGCUGUAUGAAACCAUCAACGCGAACCUAUCAGAGGGAAAAAAGGUGUUUGAAGGUUAUGUGGAUGACUGCAGGAACACAGAUAACGCCUGGGUGGAAAUGACUGUCCUAAACAUUCACCUGGACAGAAAAAGCAAUGUAAUUGUGGACAUCAACAAUAUGGUGCUGAGCAGCCACGGCGAUCUUCAGUGGCAGGAGGUGAGCAGCAAAGCCACACUUAGCCCAAACCAAAGAGAGUGGCUGCGGCUGGUUGCUGCGCUGCACAACGGGAAGUUCUGACAUUCACGACACACAGAGCUUAUGGCUUGGAAACACCUCGGCGUGCCCCUGGAUGCACUGGUGGGGGCAGCCAGGGAGAAGAACAUCUGCUUAGACUGCUGCCCCUGCAACCCAAACCUGGAUAAGCAUCAGAAAAUAGAUGGAUGGAAGAAUGAAUAAAGGGGGCCAGUUAUGCUCAUUCACAGCUCUGUGUUUUUAUUUAUAGCUCAUUAGAAUAGCUUUGCGUGAUUCAUAGCUCAAACUUUUUGUGACUCUUGAUGCAGCCAAUCGGAUUAUCGUCUGUCUGUGCUCAGACCAUAUUAGGGAUACUCAGUGAUGGCACACAGAGCCAGAAUAUAAAAAAACAAAACAAUAAAACAAAACAAUAAAAAAACUACUUUUGGAUCAUAGGAAUUACUUGUACAUGCAUGCACUGGCCUCAUUAUUAGAAACUUAAUAUGAGCCUUCAUCAUUCUUAUAUGUACAUCUAGUAUCUGUAUGGCAUAAAAAGUAUAAGGGAUCCCUUUUAAGUGGCUGAAGUUCACUAACACCGUACAGGGUAGUUGUACUUACGGCUGUCUAAUACUAUGCAGGAGUUAGUUUAUUCCAUAAGCUAUCAUAAGAGUUGUGAAGUAUAUUUAUUACUGCAACAUCAAAUGCAAUUUUCUGUCACUGCAGUAGAUUUAAUAAUAAUCUUAUAACUUGCUGAAUAUAAAUAAUGUUUUUUUUUUUUUUAAGGGACCAUACAACACGGUACUUUUAUUUUGAUAUGUACUUAUUUACUUGAUUAAAAUUUCUGUAUUUACUUGUAACAAAGCACUUUUACUUUGUAGUACUGCUGCGUUUAAAUUCUCACUGGUAAAAUAAUUUCUGCCUCUGUGUUUGUGUAAAUGGAGGCGUUUUUGUGUCGCACUCUCUCCUGUUCUGUUUAAAAGCAGCCUUUAUCUUCACUGCUUCGCAGAAAAGCUUGUGAAACACUUUUGUUUAUGAGUGCUGUGAGCUCAGUUUUUGUCCACCUGCCAAGCGUGCAGCGCUACGUUAGUUUCGGAGCAGCCUCCGCGGGCUCUCAUUGGCGCAGCCAGAGGUGGCCAGAUGGCGCAGUAUCGGUUUCACACCCUCCU